AUGGCGCCUGGUACUGAGGGUCUCACAGAUUUACAGAGAGAUAUUUUUACAAAAAUCAGCAAGAAUGAGGUGUGCGAGCUCAAAACAUUACUGGCACCAAAUAAAGUCAAAAUGGAUUUUGUUGACGAGAAUGGCAUGAGCCCUCUCCAGCACGCCUGUUACAAAGGAAACGUUGAAAUCGUGCAGAUGCUACUCGAUCAGGGCGCUGAUGUAAAUGCGUGUCAACACGAGCAUGCGUAUACCGCGCUUCAUUUUGCUGCUUUAAGUGGUAACGCAGAGUUGUGCCAUCUUCUAAUGUCUCAUGGUGCACGUUUGACAGCGAUGAACAGUGUGGGCAGAACAGCUGCUCAAAUGGCAGCAUUUGUGGGAAAUCACAAUUGUGUAGCGACCAUUAAUAAUUUCAUUCCAAAAGUUGAUAUAGAUUUUUACAUUAAGCCGCAGGGUUUACAGACAGAACCCAUGCUACCACCACAUUUAGCAGAUUAUUUUCAUAAAUUCAUAAUGCAAGUCAAUGUUAACCCUGUACGCGUGGCCAUAAAUUUACAGAGAUUCCCAGCUCUCUUGGAGAAUGCAGCAAAAGUACAAAAAGUAUUAGAAUCUAUGCGCUACAGAGAAAUGACACGAGGCGCUGAAACGAAUGAGGUGAUGGCAUUCAAAUAUCAUUAUUUGAGUUGCGUCGUGGACGAAGUAUUGAAAUGUCAAAAACGGCAAGAGGCUAUGAAAGCAGAGAAAAGCGAAAAGAAUACCGAGGAGAUCGAAGAGAAGAAAUCGGAUACUGUGGAGCUUUUGGUACGGAGAUUUUUAAAGUGCAGCAAGAACGACGGCUUACCGGAAUAUCAGGAAGCAUUUCUGAGGGAAUCCGUGAGGGAAUUCCCGUUCAGAGAAAGUACGAUUUUUCGCCAGAUGGUUGCCACCCUAGCGAGCAGAGACCCACCGUCCGCUGUUUCCGUAGUUUCUGCCGCGAUCAACGGACAACGCGGCUUCAACGAUAAUGCUCAGAUUUGCGUAACUUGCGGAGAGGAUAAGGCUGUAAAAAAAUGUAGUAAAUGUAAAGCGGUACAAUAUUGCGACAGAGAAUGCCAGAGAUUGCAUUGGUUUAUGCACAAAAAAGCUUGCGCCAGACUAGGACAGUCGUCUAAUAAUGGAAAAGCCACGGAUAUAGAUAAAGAGCAGAUUACCAAUGUUGUCGGUUCUAGACUACAAAAUUUAGCUGUUAAAUAAGUAUACAUCGUAUAUAUACAGAUCUAAUGUCAGUGAAAUUCGGCUGAAAAAAAGGAAACUACGCGUUUACUUACAGAUCUUUGCUUUGUAUAUAGUCAUUCGUGUGUAGAAUUAGCACGUUUUUGUGUGACCGUGUCUAUCGUAUCUAAGAAGUGAAGUAACAGUGUUAUUAAUUUCGCUUAUUUGAGAUCGUUGAAAUUGAAUAAUUUCUAUCUUAUUUUAGAUGUAGUCCGCUAAACAUUUACUUCAGUCUCCGAUAUCUGACAAGCGGCCAAAAUCACCAAAGAAAUUGUACAACUAAAAUCAAAUUCUUAGAGAGGAUUCACACCUUGGCGGAAAAGCAGCAGCCAAUCGGAAUUCUGAUUAGUCGAUAAUUUUUGCUUUAUCUACUACUUACUACCAGCGCAAGUUCCGAUUGACUGCUGCUUUCUGAAUUCUCACGAGUCAUUUGGUAUAGAAGAAAUAAGUAAAAUUGUGGAGUGGAGAGAUAUUCCCGAUAUGCUUUUAUAACAUCAUCAUCAUUUCGAAUUAGGUUAUUAUUUUUAUUGGAUGCAUAUGCUAAGUUAGAAACGCAUCUGUCAAAUAUUUUAGAACUAUUAUGUAAGCCUUUACAAUGAUCUCUGUCAUUGUUGGAAUAAAGAACAUUAUUACUGAUAACAAUGUUAGUUAUAUUAUCUUGUAUAUUUCAUACUGUUAAUUCUGUUAUAAAUAUUUGUAGUUCUUGUCACAUACUCAAAUUGAUUAAAAGUCAAAUAAUGGGAAAAAUGACUCGGGGAAAGUGAAAUUAAUGGGAUUC